AAUGGUCAACAUCAAGGCUCUUACGAGCAGCUUCGUGCUCUUCAAUGCUGCAUAUGCAGCUGUUACCAAGCGAUCCGACAACCACUGGCCGAACAACGGAGGUUCUGUGCCUACUGUACAUGUCAAGAAUGGCACCUACACAGGCUAUCACGCCGCCGCCUAUGGCACCGACAACUUCCUCGGCAUGCCAUACAGUCAACCUCCUGUCGGCGAUUUGCGUUUCCGCAUCCCUCAAUCGCUCAACACAACCUGGACUGGAACCAAGAACGCUACUCAAUACAGCCCGGAGUGUAUUGGCUAUGGCAGGGACACCUGGAGUCAGGGCAACUAUGUCAGUGAAGACUGUCUGACAUUGAAUGUCGUCAAGCCGGCCGGUCAAUGCGAGAAGCUUCCGGUACUUGUCUGGAUUCACGGUGGGGGUCUUGUCAUGGGUGGCAGUGCAGACCAUCGAUACAACCAGUCUUUCAUCGUUCAGCAGUCUGUUGAAGCUGGCAUGCCCAUUGUUGCUGUCAGCAUCAACUACAGACUAUCGUCAUGGGGGUUCCUUUAUGGAAAGGAAAUCCAAGACUCAGGCAACACCAUGAAUGGCUUCAGAGAUCAACGUCUUGCUUUGAGAUGGGUACAAGAGAACAUUGCUGCUUUUGGAGGUGACCCAGGUCGUGUCACGAUCCAAGGUGAAUCUUCAGGAGGUACCAGUGUCGGAGCCCAACUACUGGCUUACAAUGGAAGGGAUGAUAGUCUCUUCCAUGGAGCCAUCGCAGAGUCAGGAGCUCCUGUCGGCCCUCAGCCAGACUUCCAUGUUGCCGACUGGGAGCCCGUCAUUGCCAAUAUCAGCAAGGCUACAGGAUGUGACGGUACUGCUUCUGUGCUUGAUUGUCUCCGCAAAGUCCCUACCGAUCAGCUUAACUCUGUCAUCAACUCUACCGUGACUAGAGGAGCUCGCUAUGGCCCUGUUGUCGAUGGAGACUGGUUUACGCAGACUGCCUCGCAAGCUCUUGCCAACGGUGACUUCCUCAAGGUACCAUACAUCAUCGGUGUCAAUGAGGCUGAAGGUGUUGGUUUCGGACCAGGAGGCCUCAAUACAACUCAGCAAAUCCUCGACUACAUUGUUCGAUCAGGCUACGACAAUGCCACAGCCCACGAUAUCGCGAUCCUCUAUCCUGACAUUCCAGAUCUUGGCGUACCCAGUACCCUUCACGGUCGACCCAAUGCCACCAUCGGACUCCAGUUCAAACGUGGCGCUGCCAUCGGUCAAGAUAUGAGCAUGAAUGCUGCCAGACGUCUGACAUCUCACUGGUGGGCAAGACACGGUGCAAAGGCAUAUACCUACUCGAUUUAUGAUCCUUUGACUAACCUUNNUAUCUUCAAUGCUCUCGUCAAUGGUCUCCCAUACACUGCAGGAGCAGUCCACUUCCAAGAAGUAGCUUUCGUCUUCUACAACACUGAAGGCCUUGGCUACCCUCAGAACGGCAACCCAAACCCACUGGGCGGACCGGAGCGUGACUCGCUGGUCACCCUCGCAAAGCAAAUGUGCCGUAUGUGGGUCAGCUUUGUCAAUUACGGUAACCCGAACAUGCAUCUUGGUGUACCAGCAGAGCCUUGGGUGGCUGUUGAUGCAGAUGAGCCUGAGUACUAUUACUUCCAGCAGAACGCUACUUCAGUCUCUUUGCCUGAUCUUGUUCGUGCUGAGGGUGUUAGUUACUGGGAGGAGCUUAUCAUGGCUCGUAAGGGUACUAACUGCACUGGUAUUGUUGCCUGUGGCAGCACUUACGAUGGUGAUUUUGGCAACCUC